AUGGACAACUUCAUCUCCGCCGUCGCGCAGCUCAAAGCCACCGAAGACACCAAGUAUGACGCGCUAUACCUCAACACCCCGUGGAACAAACUGACCGUGGAACAGAUGGGAAAGAUCGAUCUUCCAUCUCUCACCAAAGACGAAGCCCUGAUGUACAUGUGGGCCGACACCUACAGCAUCAAGUCUUCCGUGGAGCUGCCGUUGAAAGCCGCGGGCGAGGCCGGUGCAACCUCGGUCGCCGAUGCGAUGCACGGCGACGAUAACGACGGACCGUCGCCGCCGCCGGUCGAAAGCCCGGAGGCGGCGGCCGUCAACAAGGCCGUCGUGAAAACUACCACGAAGCGCGCCAAGAAGCAGAGGUGCCCUCAUCUAACGCUCCCCAGGGGGACCAAGGACUGGGACCUUCCGAGCUUGACUACAGCAGCAGGACUGGACGACAGCUCGGACGACGACAGCUCGGACGAUGACAGCUCGGAAGGCAACGGCAACGGUGACAAUGGAGCUUUGGACACCGUGUCACCACAAGCCUUGCCGGAUGGGUCACUGGUCGGGGGUGGGGGGGGUGGCCCCGGAAGCGGCUUGCACUUGCAGCCUGGGUGGUUUGCCGUUUUCCCUUUGGAGUUGUCGAAUCCGUGCCCGCUGGUUGUUGGCAAAAUAGUUAGUGUGGACUUGAGCGCGGGAAACGGGGGUGAGUUAACCGUCACUUGGUUUUCGCCUGCUUCUCGCAAGAAAUGCCGUCGGUCGAAGUACGGGAGGGGCGUAUGGUCGCAAGAGUUCUUGAAGGAGGGCAAUAAACUCACAGCGGAUCAGGGCACGGAGUCGGUGAAAGCUGUAUAUGGCGUGCUCACCAACGCCUCGUCUAUGCCUGGCGACACCCCAGCGAGCGAACGCGGCGGAACCACGAUCGACACGCGCGUGACGGAGCUGUCCACGAUGCUGGAGAAGCAAAGCAAGGUACUGUCGACUGUCAUGCAGAAGAAGCUAGGGAAACUUCAGAUGCCGCCUGCCAGGGCGGCGGGGGCAGAAGAGGGGGAGUCAAGCUGCGCCGGCAACGCCGCAUGGCGCGGAGGAGCCGCGCCGGGCACACGGUUUGGGUUGCCACCCUGUGGAGUCGGGGGAGUAGGUCCCCUGGGCCACCCAUCCGCUGGUCCCCCGCUGGGAAGCAAUGCGCAGGGAGUUUGGAUGCAGGGGGUGAUGGACAAGAUAUCAUCGCUGCUGCAGGCAAUGCCUAGGGGGGCCAGGCGGUGCUGGAAGACGCGCCGCAUCCUGCGGUGGGAUUG